AUGGUAACAGCGGCAGAGGAAGAAAAACGCUUGGCCAUUGAACGAGGCGAUAUUGUUUCCGGAUGUGGAAUCCCUCAUAUCCCCGUUGUGGCCGAUGGAAGCUGGAUGAAACGAUCAUACCGGACUGGAACGUACGAUUCCGCGUCUGUAGUCGGCGUUAUAAUUGGAUAUCACACGAAGAAAGUUUUAUUUAUCGGUGUGAUAAACAAGGUGUGCAGGAUUUGUCGAUGUGCUGCGAAAAAGAAAGAAGAGCCACGAAAGCACAUCUGUUUCAAAAAUUGGCGCGCAAGGCAAGCAUCAACGGCUAUGGAAAGUGACGCUAUAGUCGAAGGCUUCAAGACCAGCGUAGAAAAACGUGGACUGAUUUAUUCCACACUGAUUGCUGAUGGGGACAGCAGCGUUUAUAAAAAAAUUAUAGAUGCAGAUCCAUAUAAAGCACAGAUUCGUGUAAAAAAAAUUGAAUGCACGAAUCAUUUGUUGCGCAACUUUUGCAGAAAAAUGAAAGAAGUUGUAAAGAUGACAACACCUGGUCCAUUGAGAAGAAUCGUUGAAAGCAGCAUUCGGCGAAUGCGUGCGGACAUAGUAAAAGCCGCAGAGUACAGAUACAGUCAGCAAGUAACAACCGCUGAGAAAAUUAAAAAUUUGUAUACCGACAUACACAAUGUUCCUAGCCACGUUUUUGGUGAACACGCAGAUUGUUCCAAACUACAAUACUUCUGCGAUGGAACGAGUAAAAAAGAUGAAAAGAACAUUGUUCCCGAAUUGAUGAAGAUGGGAGUGUACGAACACAUCAAAGAAAUACUUCGACCUCUGUUGGCGCAUGCUGAGAGUUUGCUGUAUAACAGCAACAAUAAUGCCGUUGAAAGUUUCAACGGAAUCAUCGCAAAAUAUACAGGAGGAAAAAGAUUGAAUUUCGGAGAGAGGGGAUCUUACACGGGAAGAUGUGCUGCUGCUGUCCUACAGUAUAACACAAAACAAAUGUUGUCGCGUCUGAAUACGGCGAUGAACAAGAAACCGCCCGUUAUUUUACGCAAAAUAGAAAAUAGAAGGAGGAAAGAAAAUGAGAAAAACAGUGAAAAGAGAAAGGAAAAAAAAAUUACAAAGCACGUGCGGAAACAAUUCCGUUGUGAAAAGGAUUCCAAUUACGGACCAAACGCUGAAAAGCCGGAUAUGGCUAACAACAUUUAUGAAUUAGAGCAAAAAAAACAUAUGGAAAUGUUACAGAAUUGGCAAAAUAGAAGAGAUGCCAUUGAAGAAGAAACCAUCGGUCAAGCGAAAAAUCCGAGAUGGUUGAAUUACAAAUCAAAAUUAUUGACGGCCUCUAAUUUUGGAAGAAUAUGCCGUCGUCGAAUUGGUACGCUCUGUGGAAAUGCAGUGAAGUCGUUAGUGUAUCCACGACUGAUUAGUGCACCUGCCGUACAAUAUGGACAGGAAUGCGAAAAAUUCGCACGUGAGGAACUAAGUGUGUGCAUUGGUGUUCAAAUUAAAGAAUGUGGAUUAUUUAUUGAUAGUGCCAUCCCGUUCGUAGGAGCUUCGCCAGAUGGACUUAUAAACGAAGAGGGCAUUGUUGAAAUCAAAUGUCCGAAAACGGCGGAGAAUUUAUUGCCGGAGGAGGCAAUCAAAAGUGUUGCAGUUAUUCGGCGUAUAUUUGCAGACGCAGAAGGAAAUGCACUGAACAGGAACCACUACUAUUACUACCAAAUACAAGGACAAUUACAUGUCACAGGUAGAAAAUAUUGCUUAUUUUGUAUUUGGACCCGAAAAGGGUUAAAGUACAUUAGAGUCGAUAGAGACGAUAACUUCUGGCAAAACAAUAUGGAGCCAAAAUUAAUUCAAUUUUAUUUAUUGUGCAUGUUACCGGAAUUAAUAGAUAGCCGGUACAAUAGAGGAAUGCCCAUUCGGGAGCCUCAAUUUAUAACAGAGGAAAGAGCAAGCUUAGAAAAGCGUAAAAGGUCUCUCUCAGAAAGUAGCACGAAUACUGCUACUGUCCGGCGUCGCACUGCACUGUAAAGUGCAGUACCACUGACUCUGUUGGUGGUUCACAAUUGCACGAAAUAGCAAUUGUACUCGUGGAUCAUACGAUCUCGCGAGUUGUUCGACGCCGGUAUACACAUUUCAAAAUAGUGACCUUUCAAAAAUCAAAAAAGGUCUUAUGCGGACAGUAAUAAAAAAUACUGCUACUGUCCGGCGUCGCACUGCACUGUAAGGUGCAGUACCACUGACUCUGUUGGUGGUUCACAAUUGCACGAAAUCGCAAUUGUACUCGCGGAUCAUACGAUCUCGUGAGUUACGCGACGCCAUAAUAUAUUUCUUUGUUUUGUUUAAAAAAUUUGUUACAGCUUUUCGAAGAAUGGAUUCCCGAGAAGAGGUUUUUUGGAGCGAAGCGAGCGUACAACUGCAAAUGUAUUUUUUCAACUGAAAUAAUUUUUUUCUUAUUCCAUUCUUGAAAUUAUUAAUGUCCUGUAGUUUUCAUUCCUAUAAUUAUAAAAAAUAUUCGGAAGCACCUUCGACUUCUUCGAGAUACGUUUAUAUAUUACUAAAAACUACAACAUAUCUAAAUGUGAGUAAAAUCCGACAAAAAACGUUAAAAGGAAUUUAUUUAAUCAUCUAUUUCCAUUAACUUUUCCAUUUUUCAAUAUUUAUCUUCAUUCAUCUUUGUUCAUCUUUGCAUGAACAUUUUUGUCGUUGAGAAAUUAAAGACAGC